AUGUCAGCUAUAUUACCAAGAUUUCUUAAAAGAACAGCUUUUAGGGCUCCCACCAACCUUCUGAGGCUCUCUUCAGUAAUUUCGAGGGCCUUUUCUCAAAGUACCACUGCCUCCGCAGCAGCUUUCGAUCGUUCCAAACCGCAUGUAAAUAUAGGUACGAUUGGGCAUGUUGACCAUGGGAAGACUACCUUGACCGCAGCCAUUACCAAGACUUUGGCCGCGAAAGGUGGUGCCAACUUUUUGGAUUAUGCUGCUAUUGAUAAAGCACCUGAAGAAAGAGCCCGUGGUAUUACAAUUUCGACGGCUCACGUGGAGUACGAAACUGCUAAAAGACAUUACUCUCACGUCGACUGUCCAGGUCACGCUGAUUAUAUCAAGAAUAUGAUUACGGGUGCAGCCCAAAUGGAUGGUGCUAUCAUUGUUGUGGCCGCCACAGAUGGACAAAUGCCUCAAACAAGAGAACAUUUGCUACUGGCCAGGCAGGUUGGUGUUCAACAUAUAGUCGUUUUCGUUAAUAAGGUUGAUACUAUCGAUGAUCCUGAAAUGUUAGAAUUGGUGGAAAUGGAAAUGAGAGAACUACUAAACGAAUACGGUUUUGACGGUGAUAAUGCUCCAAUUAUCAUGGGUUCUGCUCUUUGUGCUUUGGAAGGUCGUCAACCUGAAAUUGGGGAACAGGCUAUCAUGAAGCUUUUGGAUGCGGUGGAUGAGUAUAUCCCUACACCUGAAAGAGAUUUGAACAAACCAUUCUUGAUGCCCGUUGAAGAUAUCUUUUCCAUUUCUGGUAGAGGUACCGUGGUCACUGGUCGUGUGGAAAGAGGUAACUUGAAGAAGGGUGAGGAACUGGAAAUCGUUGGUCAUAACACUACUCCAUUGAAGACAACAGUUACCGGUAUUGAAAUGUUUAGAAAGGAAUUGGACUCAGCCAUGGCCGGUGAUAACGCAGGUGUUCUACUAAGAGGUAUCAGAAGAGAUCAAUUGAAGAGAGGUAUGGUUCUGGCUAAACCAGGUACUGUUAAAGCUCAUACAAAAAUCCUUGCUUCUUUGUAUAUUUUAUCCAAGGAAGAAGGUGGUAGACACUCUGGGUUUGGUGAAAACUACAGACCACAAAUGUUUAUUAGAACUGCUGAUGUCACAGUCGUUAUGAGAUUUCCUAAGGAAGUUGAGGAUCAUUCUAUGCAAGUUAUGCCAGGAGACAACGUUGAAAUGGAGUGUGAUUUGAUCCAUCCUACUCCAUUAGAAGUUGGUCAACGUUUCAACAUUAGAGAAGGUGGUAAAACUGUUGGUACCGGUCUGAUCACACGUAUCAUUGAAUGA